AUUUAUUUAACUUCGGAAUAUAUUUCGUGUAAAAUUUUAAGAUGAAGGAUACUGAGGAGGAUUCCGAAGAAAAGAAGGAAACCGUACCACUUUCUGAUACAGAAGUUAAAAUUUUAAAAUCAUACGGAGUUGGACCUUAUGCAGCUCCAAUUCGUGCAGCCGAUAAUGAUAUAAAAGAAGUUAUUAACAGAAUUAACAAACUAUCAGGAGUGAAAGAAAGUGACACUGGGUUAAAUCCCCCUCAUAUGUGGGAUUUGGUACUUGAUCAACGUUCCUUACAGGAAGGAGCGCCACUACAAGUAGCAAGAUGUACAAAUAUUAUUAACCCUGGAACGCCACAAGCCAAAUACAUCAUCAACGUUAAACAAAUCGCCAAAUUCGUUGUGGGAUUGGGUGAGAAGGCUGCGGCUACGGAUAUAGAGGAGGGUAUCAGAGUUGGAGUUGACCGUAACAAGUAUAAGAUACAGAUAACUUUACCGCCUAAAAUUGACCCCUCAGUAACCAUGAUGACAGUUGAGGAGAAACCGAAUAUAACAUACAACGAUAUAGGUGGGUGUAAGGAUCAACUUGAGAAGUUAAGGGAAGUGGUUGAGAUGCCACUCUUACAGCCUGAACGUUUUGUACAGCUUGGAAUUGACCCUCCAAAUGGAGUUUUACUAUACGGACCACCAGGAACUGGGAAAACCUUGACUGCUAGAGCUGUUGCUAAUCGAACUGACGCCUGUUUUAUAUGCGUCAUAGGAUCAGAACUUGUUCAAAAAUAUGUUGGAGAGGGAGCCAGGCUUGUUAGAGAAUUAUUCCAGAUGGCGAGGAGUAAGAAGGCUUGUAUUUUAUUUAUUGAUGAAGUGGAUGCCAUUGGUGGUUCUAGAGGCGAAGAUGCAUCAAACGGUGAUCACGAAGUUCAGAGAACAAUGCUCGAAAUUGUGAACCAGCUUGACGGCUUUGACGCCAGAGGCAAUAUCAAAGUACUAAUGGCCACUAACAGGCCUGAUACACUUGAUUCAGCACUUCUAAGACCAGGACGUAUAGAUCGACGUAUUGAAUUUGGAUUACCAGAUCUAGAGGGUAGAAAACAUAUAUUUAAGAUUCAUUCGAGGACGAUGAGUGUGGAUAAGAAUAUAAGAUAUGAGUUGUUGGCUCGGCUUUGUCCAAAUAGCACAGGAGCAGACCUCAGAAGCGUGUGUACAGAGGCUGGAAUGUUCGCAAUCAGAGCAAGGAGGAAGAGCAUCUCAGAGAAGGAUCUGAUUGACGCUAUUUCUAAGGUCAUUAAAGGCUAUAAGAAAUUCUCGGCAACUGGUAGAUACAUGGUCUAUAACUGAUUUCAACUCAAACAUAUUUUAUCGCUAUUAAUCUUUUAACUAUUAUACUUUUGACAA